AUGGUUGGCCUGAGUUUGAAGAUUGAUAUUAAAUUUUACCACUUCAGGGAGUUUUACAUUUAUUACCUUUCCAAACACAUGCAUAUUUGGACGCGCCGUUUUCAUGUGCUCGGGACCGUUUUUGCUGCCUUUCUCUUGUUUUUGUCAGCGGUGAAGCGUGGGUCACUGGCGUAUGCCAUCAGCGCGCCCAUUGUCGGGUACAGCCUUGCAUGGGCCGGUGACUUUGCGGUUGAGGGCAUCACCCCAACGUCAUUCAGUUACCCGUGGUGGUCUUUCCGCGCAAACAUGAGGCUUAUGAAGGAGAUUCUCUGCGGUGAACAGGCCCUUUAA